UGCCGCCGCCGCCGGGAGCGGAGCGGAGCUGAGGGGAGCCGAGCGGAGCCCCGGUCCCGCUGCCGGGAUGCGGCCGCUGCCGGUGCCCGCGCUGCUGCUGCCGCCCGUGCUGCUGCUGUGGCGGCUCGGCGGAGCCCGGGCUCAGGACGCGUGUCCCAGACCCGAGCGGCUGCAGUACGCAGAGCUCGACGAGAGCUCCAGGGACAAGGAGAGUUUUCCCGUUGGGAGCAAGGUGUCGUUCAGCUGCCGCCCGGGAUACGUGAGAGUCCCGGGGAUGUCACUGACCUGGACAUGUGGUGCUGACUUGCAGUGGUCACCCACGGGCGUGUUCUGUACAGAGAGAAAAUGUAAGUACCCAGGAGACUUGGAAAAUGGUUAUUUUGAUGCGACAGAGCUUACAUUUGGUUCAAAAUUGACGUUUUCUUGUAAAGAAGGAUACAGAUUACGGGGUAAUGAGGAGAUUACCUGUGUUAUCAAGAAUGAAGGUGUUGACUGGAAUGGACUUCUGCCUUACUGUGAAAUAAUUCCUUGUAUGCCACCGCCCGAAAUAGCCAACGGGAGGUAUGAGGAAAGAGCUGACUAUGUGUACCAGAGCUCAGUGACCUACAGGUGUCAGGAUCCCUUCUCCCUCAUUGGCACAGACACGAUUCACUGCACAUCUGAUGCACACUUCAAUGGAGUUUGGAGUGGACCACCUCCAGAAUGCAGAGUGGUCAAAUGUGAAAACCCCAGAGUUGAACAUGGGAGAAAAACAUCUGGAUUUGGACCUUCCUACAGUUACAAGGACGCGGUUGUGUUUGAGUGUGAUCAAGGCUAUUUCUUGGUUGGAGCAGAGGUAAUUACCUGUGGAGAAGAUAGCACCUGGGUUCCUCCAAAACCAACUUGUGAGAAAAUUACUGCAGACGUGUGUCCUGCCCCGAAGAUCCGGAACGCGGUGCUGACUCCAGCCAAGGCUGCCUAUGGAAAAGGAGAGUCUGUGCAGGUCAGGUGCAAUGCUGGCUGCUCCUUCCCUGAUGGCUCUGCAGAGGUGACCGUGACGUGUCAGGAGCAGAGUUCCUGGGGUGCUUUAGAGCACUGUGCCUGUGUGUCUGAAGGUUCUGGUUCCACACCAGUCAUAAGUUACGGCAGAGUAACAGCUGGACAAAAACCUUCCUACUCUGUGGGGGAUUUCAUUACCAUUGAAUGUUACACAGGGUACACCUUGCAUGGGGAGGCUCAGAUUCAGUACAUUGGAAACAACCAGUGGGUGCCUGCAGUGCCAACCUGCCAGCUGAGUGGAUAUAUUAUAGCCAUCAUCUGUGUGAUUGUGGUAAUUGUGGUGCUCCUGGCAGCCUUCUGGGUCUACAAGAAAUUCUUCUCACAGAAUGGCUCGUACACAGUUGAUGAGAGUUGCAAGGAAACAUGUAUUUUAAAAACUAAUGUCCCAGCUGAGAUGGAAGAAACUGCACAAAUGAAUUAAUUGAAUCUUUAAAAGGAAACGUGAGAGCACUCCCAGUUCUGCCGAAUAUAAGAUGUGUAAAGCAUGACUGGCCUUGUUGGGGGGGUGGGAGGGACUUUGUGGUGGAAUAUCCCUGUCAGAGCUGCAAAAUUACUGCCCUUGCAGUGAGUUGCUGUCGAUGAGUUCCUUGUGCUGUGUCUUGCUCUGCUGAUGAACUGCAGGAGGAGAUGCUUAAUAGGAUAAAAAGUGUGUAUGUAUAUAGGUAACACAGAUAGAUCCUGCUUCGCCUUCUGUGCCCCUCAUUGUCCUUCUGUGCAUGUGAGCUGGGGGAAAGGCAAUACCUGUGGCAUGCCAGAGUCUGUGGGAGUGCUGGAAUGUCACUGUCCCAGUGCCAGCUGCUGCUGCCUGCUGCCUUCAGUGCCACCUCUUUGCUUUCAGAAGAUGUCCAGUAUUCUCCUCUCUCCUGUAGAGCUCUGAUCACUCAAACCUGGUUGUCCUUCCUGUCCCUUUUUGCAGUUGAGGUGGUGUAAAUGGUUCUGUUGUUUUCUUUGUACUCUGAAAUGUGUUGUUGCUCAUUCCCUGAAGAGUUUGGUGCCGUUGAAGGCGAUGUCAUUUGGAAACGAUCACAAUCAAGAUCUUAUAUACUCUACCUCUUUGUUUGCCAAGGUGGUUGUUGUAUAUAUAGUGAAUUAAAGUGUGCCUUGAAAUCAGAGUUUUAUAGCUUUUCCUUUGCUUUUAAGAAGGAAAAAAGCCAUAUAUGUAUAUUUCUGAUUCUUUGCUAUAAUCCACCAAAUACUGCAGCGGAUUUGUUGGAGCAGGAAACUGAAGGGUUCUGUAGCAAAGGCAUCCCCUGCCUGUUGACAGGAGCUCCCUAAUUAAAGGAACUGCUGAGAGCUCAGUGGUGGCCAUGUCCUGUCAUGAGCACAGUGGAAGUUCCUUAGGGUGCUUGAUUUUUAGGGAAUCUUGAUGUCAGUUCUGGAGAUCUUCUGUUGAUUUGAAGGGCAGAAAUGGAUGCUGUGUGAUUCCCCCAUCCUUGCUUUUUUACUUGAAGUCACAUAUUCCACAUUUCUAACCUCUGUCUGUGGACUGUGAUGUCAAAUCAAGCUCUGAAAGGCUGGAUUUAGCAUCACAUUCGUGUUCAGAAGCAGAAGCCUUUCCCUGUCACUCACUUUUCAGGUUAAAGGAAAACCAGACUGGCUCAGUUGUGGAGGUGCUGGUAGAUGUGGUGGUCUCUUGUUUGCUGUUUGUUCAUCAAGGUUUUAGUCCAGAUUCUGACUCCAGGAGCUCCCACCACAGUGUUUGCCAUUAGUUGAGACUCACUGCUACUUCUAAUUCCUUGGCAAACCCCAGACCUUAGCUAGAACCGGUUUUAGCUUCAUGAAUCUCACUAUCAACAUGCAGGCAGCUUCUAAGAACCAGUUUUCGCAGAAAACCCAAAUAGCCUCACUUCAGAUGCCUGAGGCAGCACUGAAACGACUCUGGCUUGUCUGUGGCUGCUUGGCACUGCUCUCCCUGUCAUCAUCAGAUUGUUGGAGUGGCACAGAACUGUUUAGGGCUUUAUAGAGCUUUUUUGGGACAAUCCCAGCAGUUGUAUUAUUAGAGUUCAUAAUAGGCUGUCGUUGUUAGAAAGGGGCUUUGGCUCUGCAGAAGGAUUUGCUGUUCGUGGCCUGGCUGAUAUCUGAGUUUGAGAGUUGUUUGUAAACACUGGGAUGUGUGAUUGGGAGUGAGUGCAGUGGUGGUCAGGAGCUCAGCUUGCUUUGCGUGGCAUCUGCAAUGUCCUAAAACACACUGAAAUGCACUUCACUGGCAAGUGAAAUCACUGUAAAAGUUGGCCGUAUUUUUGCACUUCUUUCUGGAUGUAAAGAUUAGCGAUGAUUUGUAAUAUUGCAAAUAAAAAUGUUAAAUUAUUUAGCAGUAA